CUUGCGUUGCUUGUUAAGGGUGGCAUUUCCAACAAGGAAUGAUGUAAUUAACCUCUUCACGCUAAGAGAAGAGAUACAACGUUCAAAAUUUCACGAGAAUAAAUAAAGCCCACUCAACGUUUCUCCCUAAUCAACAUCGAUCUUUCAACAACCUCAUUGAAUUUCAUGCAUCUCUUGCGAAAGAUGGUAGAUUUCCGAGUAUUUCUGCAACAAAAUUGCAUUAUUCCUUUUAUUUUAAAAAAGCAGCGAUUUUAAAAGUUUGAAGUUGGGAUUUUAGAGAGUCGUCAAUGUUCUUGAUUCGGCCAAUCAAAGGGACGUGCUGCGCACAAGCCGAUACCUUCCUUGAAUGGGAGUUUAUAAAUGUAGCUUCAGAAAUGUUAUUCAGCAGUGGUAAUAGUUUUCAGGUCGGAAAAUAUCCUCCUUAAGAGAAAAUGAGCGCAUCCGGUAAAUCUCUUUUAGGACUGUGGCUGUAUCGCAGUGGAGAAGAUUGGGCGGUUAAGGAAGACUGUCCGAUACCGACUAUUAAGGCCAAACAGUCUUCUGGCGAAGAUCGACAAGAAUUGGAACGUGUCUCGAUAACGUUCACUCUAAAAAACCAAGUUGGCAGUCUAGUACGUGCUUUACAAUCGUUUCAAGAUUUAGGCGUGAACUUAUUACACAUCGAAUCACGUAUAUCCGACAGAUUUAAUAAUGAGUCCGAUAUUUUGGUGGACGUCGAAUGUGAGCCGAGGAAGUUGGAGCAAAUUGGCAUACUGCUACGAAGGGAAGUGCAGACCAUGGUUUUUGUCAAGUACAAGGAGCAAAAUGAGUUCACCCCACCCGCACCCUUGUCAAGCACCACCAGUUUUGAUUACGGCGAAAUGCCUUGGUUUCCACGGAAAAUUUUCGAGCUGGACAACGCGCAACAUGUGCUAAUGUAUGGAAGUGAAUUGGAUGCGGACCAUCCAGGAUUCAAGGACGCAAUCUAUCGUAAACGAAGGGAGCAAUUCUCUCAGAUUGCCAGGAAUUACAGAUGCGGCCAGCCGAUACCUAAAGUACAAUACACAUUAGAGGAGAUCAAGACGUGGGGGACCGUAUUCAACGAGCUUCACAAACUUUACGUGAAACACGCUUGCAAGGAGUACUUGGAAAAUUGGCCCGAGCUUGUUAAAUACUGCGGUUAUAAGGAAGACAAUAUUCCACAGUUGCAAGACCUGAACGUUUAUUUGAAAAGGAAAACAGGCUUUCAAUUGCGACCGGUUGCAGGAUACUUAUCGCCUAGGGAUUUCCUUUCGGGAUUAGCGUUUCGAGUUUUCCAUUGUACUCAGUAUAUUAGACACUCGUCGGAUCCUUUUUACACGCCUGAGCCGGACUGUUGCCACGAACUUCUUGGACACAUGCCCCUCCUGGCCAACCCGAGCUUCGCCCAAUUUUCCCAAGAACUAGGGCUAGCUUCCCUCGGCGCUUCCGAUGACGAUGUAGAAAAAUUAGCCACGUUGUACUUCUUCACCGUUGAAUUCGGCUUGUGCAAGCAAGACGGCGAAAUGAAAGUCUACGGUGCCGGGCUUUUAAGCUCGGUCGCCGAAUUGCGGCACGCGAUUUCAUCCACCGAUAAAAUUCACCGGUUCGAUCCCGACGUGACCUGCAAACAGGAGUGCAUCAUUACGGCCUACCAAAACGCCUAUUGGUAUACGGAUACCUUCGAGGAGGCCAAGGAGAAGAUGAGAAAGUUCGCGGAGCAAAUACAGAGGCCCUUUGGCGUCCGGUAUAAUCCGUACACGCAAAGUAUAGAAGUUCUGAGCAACGCCCGCAAAAUAUCGGAUUUGGUUUCUGAAUUGAGAGGAGAUAUUUGUAUUAUCAAUGCCGCACUGAAGAAAAUAGGGAUGAGGGAUUCGUCGUUGGAUCUUGCCGAUUUGGCUCAGUAUUUACGUUCGGGGUUAAAUUCCGAUUGUCAGGAGACCAUAGAUGCCAUUAGUGAAGAUUAAUUACGCUCUAAAAAUCUGAACUGUAACAUAACACCUGAUCAAUGUAAAUGUAUAUUUGUGAAUUAUGGAGAAGAGUAUCACUGUUACCUAAGGCAAAAAUAGAAUUAAACCAGUUAACAUGCAAACACUUAA